AUGGAGAAUGUCAUCGCCAUCGGUGUUGGGCUUGCUCUACGCGCCGUCAUCGAUAUCUUGACUGACAGUGACUAUAGGCUUACUGGUACACUCGUCGGGCUCUGGGAAGGAUUUGCGCUCUCUCAUUUCCUCCAGAAAAAUCCUCGAAAUCCCAGUGAUGCAUAUCUUGCCCUUGCUACUCGCUUCGCUAUCGACUUUAUGAUCACGAACUCGAUAGUCCGUUUUUUCCUCACUGGCGCAUGGACAAUCGUUGGG